AUGGACGGAGCGCCGCUGGGUACGCCGCCGACAAUUCCACUGUGCGGGAAUGGGCUCUCGGAUGCAGCAGACGAGCGCCCUUUGGAGACGGCGUCAACGUGCACCCCGACAUUUCGAGGGAAGAACAACGCAACGACGGACCGCAUCCCGCGUCCCGCUAACGCGUUCAUCCUCUUUCGCGCGGACUUCACCAGGAACCAUACCCUGCCGGAUGGUAUUGAAAGGCGCAACGGGACUUUGAGCAAGAUUGCAUCAUCGGAAUGGAAGAACUUGUCCCCCGAAGGUCGUGGUCUCUGGUAUCGCCGCGCAGACGAGGCCAAGAUCGCACAUCAGGCAAGAUACCCCGACUACAAGUUCCGCCCCGUCCACAGAAAGAGCACGAAGAACAAGUCAAAGGCGCCCAUCGACGUGAGGAAAGACGCGGAGGAGGGAUCCGCAGCGCCCAAGGAGGGGCCACCCACGUCCUCCACCGACGACGGCUGGAUGCAGGGCUGCUCGAUGUUCUCUGUCUGGCGUGUUGAUGGUGACGACGCGCUGAGGGGAAGGGGGCGACCUCCGAAAGGUCUUCCCCCGCCCUCAACGAAGCCGAAGACAGCGAGAAAGCCAGGGGCGAAGCCAGUGCGGACCGCUUCGCAAAGCGGCCUUGGGGUACUUGCGGAAGAGAAGGAAGCGCGCGAGCGGCGGCGCGCAUACUUCGAGCAGCUCCAUGCGCGGGGCGUCUCAAGCGAGGCGGCGGAAUUGGCGGCGGAGGCGUGGGACGACGCGCACUCGCUGAAUCCCGCACGCGCGCUCUCUAGCGCAUCGGACGUCGACGCAAAUGCGGCCGGCGGCGACGACGAGUCUUCCGAGUCCGAGUCGGAGACCGACGGCGUGAGACGCCGACCAUCACCCCUCUCGACGGGUCCCCCCGCCCCAGGCCGCGCCCCUCCUCGUAUGAUCGCGUCCUCGAGUUCCUUGAACCGCGACCACCUGCUUGCGCAUGGAAUGUACGCACCCGGACUGCCACGCUAUACGUUCGUGAUGGAGGCAACCUCUGAGCGCGCAGCGACGCACAAGACGGCGGAGGGUGCCGCUUCCUCCCCGAACUUGUCUGCUAGGCGGGAAGGCCUGUCUCCCGGGUACAGUCUUCCUCUUCCGCAGGCGCAAGACUCAUUCGAGCGCCGGUCUGACGAAUGGGUCGACGAGGAAAUGGUGCAGAAAGCGGUUUCAGCGUCCAUGAUGUCCUCGACGAACAAGCGCAUACGUCCGCCGCCAUCGACAGAUGGCUGCGAACAGCGAGAGAGAACACUAGACCGAGACGCGCUGCCUACUAAGCGCCCGCGACUGAACCCGUUCAAGGGCCAUCGUACCAAUGAGGGCGCUGACGGCGACUAUGAUAUGCACGAUGCCGCCGAAGAUUCCAACGGCGACGACGUUGAGUGGGAACACAUCGACUGA